UGUGAUGGAUUCCCUGGGGUGCAGCCUGGGACCAUGGGACCGCUGUGCCCCCUAAACUCUGCAACCUGGGCUGUCUGUCAUAAUGCCUUUCUAGUGACCAGCAGCAAACCCCUCCAGGAGCUGUUAUCACUCAGCACAACCACAUGUGGAGCCCCAGAGCCAGCUAGAUUGCAUGAAUGCUCCCAGAGCCACUCAUGAAUCACACCGGGAAAGGCACCAGCCAAAUCCUCCCAGCACUGGACUUCAGGAAUAUAUUCAAGAUGGGCAGUGCAGAUUUAUUAAUUGGUUCACUACUUCAUUAAUGGAAAGUAGACAUACUCCAGCCUUUGCAAAACCUGAGCAGAUUUACCACACACUUCAGGCAAAUUCACUGGUUACAUGCCUGGGGAGAUACUUUGGAAGAGACAUUUGAGCAAUGUGCUAUGGCCAUGUUUGGCUACAUGACGGAUACAGAGACUGUUGAACCCUUGGAUACUAUAGAAGUGGAGGCAGAAGGACAUGACCUCCCUUCUCUUCUCUAUAACUUCUUGAAUGAGUGGCUGUAUAAAUUCAGUGCUGACCAGUUCUUCAUACCCAGGGAGGUGAAAGUGCUUUACAUUGACCGAAUGAGGUACAAAAUAAGGUCCAUUGGGUGGGGGGAAGAGUUCUCUUUACCCAAACACCCUCAGGGUACUGAGGUCAAGGCAAUAACUUAUUCAGCAAUGCAGAUCUAUGAAGAAGAGACUCCAGAAGUGUUUGUCAUCAUUGAUAUAUAAAACAAGAAGAGAACUGCUGAAAGGAGUGAAUGCUUGUCAGUGUUGGCAAAGGUCCCACACAGACUCUGACAUCUGUCAGGAAAUAAUGGAAAAAUUGGCUAUAAAUGUAUUGUAAUACUUGGAACCAAUAAGAUGCUCCCUCAGCUGGGAGGAGGAACCACAGGGAAUAGCCACCUAUGAUUUUACUCUGAGGAUGGUGAACCAGGCUGGGAACUGCGUAUCUAGAAAGGAGAGCUAGAUUUCUCUGGUGAGAAGAAAAGGGAUUUGUAGGGAGUCUCUCGGUAGCACUGAUACUUUAUAUUGAUUUUUAAAGGCCAGCAUUGGUACUGGGUUCUUUUUGAAUGUAGGUGUGGGAAAUCAAAAGGAGGUUAUUUUUAUUAGCCAAAAUAUAUAUUUUAUUGAGAUAGCAGGAGGGGGAGAAGACGAGAUGGUAAUAGCUCUGCACACUUUUGCCUGCUUUUAGAGAAACUACCUCUCCUCUGUUUUUGUGCUGCUAUGAUAUAGAUUUUAAUUUGCUCGUUCCAAAGUGGCAUCUCUGUUUCACUUUAUUGAAAGCCUCUGAGGGUAUGUCUACACAACAAAGUAAAACCCAGGGCUGGGCUGUGUCAGCUGACUCAGGCUCUGGGUGCGGGGCUGUUUCACUGCUGUGUAGACUUUCAGGCUGGCGCCCAGGCUCUGGGACCCUCCUGCCUCACAGGGUCCCAGAGCUUGGGCCCCAGCCCAAGCCUGGAAGUCUACACAGCAGUGAAACAGCCCCACGAGCCUGAGUUGGCUGGCAUGGGUCAGCCACAAGUGUCUAGUUGGGGUGUAGACUUACCCUGAGAUCUCUGCUGCUAGUCUGGUCUAAUGAAUGACUUUUAACAUGGUAAAUCCUUUUCCACAUGUCUGUGUUAAAAUGAAAAGAUGCCACUAGGUGGUGCUGGAUCUCUAUAGAAUACUGGUGUAAUGACGCGUGUGUCCCUGUGAGUGUGUAGUUCAGUACUAAUGUUUCCUCUUGCCCUUCCCACAAGUAGAGGCUGCAUUCAGAGAGCCUACCAGGAUCUGCAUGUCCCAGAAUAAUUAGAUUUUGGAAUACAACGGUCACUUCUCUCCUGUUCCAGUGAUGGCAGUCAAUAAACUGGCUGCUGCUUCUUUCAUAAGACAAGACCGUAGAAACAGUACAGAACGUUCCUCCACUGUCGGACAAUGCAUUAUAAUGCAGGAGGCAAACUCUGACUACACACCCUUCUCUGCAGGAAAGGUGUUCAAACUUCACCUUUCUUCAUUGUGUUACACAGUUCUGAGCCCUUGCAUGUAAACAGUGCGGAAGGUUCUUUUGCCUUUCUUUAAAUGCUAAGAUAUAUUUUGAGUUGGCCUUUACCAGCAAGGGAUGGCUGUGAGUAUGGUAGUGGGGAGGAGAAAAAGAAUAACUACAGCACAUGGCGUUUUUUGAAGGGCAGGUGUGAGUAAAUUUUAUUUGCAGCAACUCUGCCAGAGCUGUGUGAAAGGAGCUUUAGGGCAAACUAGAAUUGGGACCUAUAUCUUUCACAGUAAUAUACAAGUUAACUGUGCGAGUGAUGGUCCUUUGCUGUUUGAACAUUACUGCAUAUAGGGAUCCAUACGAGACAAUUAACAUUUUUUUUAAAUGACCGCUUAUGAGCACUCCUUUAUUAUCAGCAUAAGGGCUGGGACCUUUGAAAAGGGAAGGAGCAAAUCACAGGCUGGUAUCAGUAACAUCUCUUCUGCAGCUGUCUCUUAAGUUUGGCUCAGUAUAGCAUGUUCAGAACUAGGGUAACCAGACCGCAAAUGUGAAAAAUUGGAACAGGGGUUGGCGGUAAUAGUUGCCUAGAUAAGACAAAGCCCCAACCAUCGGGACUGUCCCUAUAAAAUUGGGACAUUGUCACCCUAACGAACCCCACUGCCCACUACCUCAAAAAGGAAGCAUCUAUCGUACUAUAACUAGGAAAGGUUUAAUAUUGUGUUCAGUACCCUCCAUUCUUCCAUUGUAUUUUGAGAAAACAAUUACAAAGUGUAGAAAGGGCUGCCCACUUUAAGCAGCUUUCUUUUAAAAUCUUUCACUUAAGACUGACUUAAAGAAAGGAAUGGGUUUUCUUGCAAUCAUGUUACUGUGCAUGUGUCCAUUUAAAAAUCUCUUCAAUUUAGUUGUAUGUAUAGUGCAAAAUAAAGUUGACCUAAUUGUGCAGGUGUUAUAACAAUCUGAGAGCAGCAUCUCCUGGAGGUGAGACAGACUGGUAGGGUUAGUUUUGUAGGUGGAGUAGGGAAAAUACCACCACCAAUUUUCUUCCCUCUCUCUCCAAUUGACCCUCUGCAACUGUUACAUGUGGGCAAUGACCUAUUGGCUAAACUGCCCCUCUCUCAGGCUGUUGCAAGGUGUACAGUUGUGUUGGCUGUCUGCUGCUGUCCUUCACCCCAGAGCUGGCUGCAGUGGGGUGAUGUCCUGUUUGUCUGGGAGGGGUGGAGGGGCUAAACACAUGUGAGACUGACAACUAGUUGAACUGAUGAUCAUGAGUGGGGUGGGUGUGUAAUACAGAGUACAAUGCAGGGGGGGAGGGAAGGGGAAACUAGCCUGGGCUGAGGGAAGCUGGGCCUCAGUUGGACACUGCUAGGCCAAUGCUGGCUGGUGGGGUGGAGCCAGAGCGCGGGUUGGUCGGGAGGGUUUAUAGCGUAAGAGUGGAACCAAAAGACACACCUGUCUGAGGGCCAGGGCGUGAAUGGGGACAAUCUCCCGCCCAAGCCAGCCCCUGUCCCUCCCUCGUGGCAACUCCUCACCCCAUUGGGCAAAAAUGGUCCGCCGAUUUGUUCAGCCAGUAGCAGCGUGGAGUUGACAUGGGGCCAGCGGGAAGCUCUGUGAAGCUUUGUUUACGCCACAGAGCUGUUUGAGUGCUGGGUCAGGUCCUGCCCACUCAAGGCCUCUCAUCAGGAAGGAGUUCUAUUGGACCAAGUGGCUGUCAAUCAGUCAGAUUAAUCUAGUUAGCCCAACUUCCCAUUGGCUGUCAGGGGGCUGUAUUCAGCCAAUGGUGCUUCAAGUUGGAUUCUGUCACAAGAGCAACCUCGGGCAGGUCAGGUUCAGUUCCCGUUGGCGCGUGAAGGAGUUUCAGGUGGGGCUGGCUGUGGCAUGUGGGGUCGAUUUUUUUUGCAUGAGGGGGGUAGCGUGGUGCCGAAAGCUAAAGGGGCAGCAGCAGUGGAAGUGUGAGCGGAAGGGGAGGUUGGGGAGGUUGGGGGGGCCCCUCCUGAGGGGAUAGAGGGGGCAGGAUGGCAAGGGCUGGCCUGUGAUGGGGCUAGAGGUGAGAAUGAGGGAGGUUGGGGGUGAGGCCAGUGCUGCUGGAACAACUUGUAUAGUGUGUGGUGGUGGGAUGGGGUUGGGGUGUGUGGGGGUUGGGGUGGAAAGUGCUGACUUCAUUGCUGCAUAUGUGGCUCCUCUGCAGAUGAAGGGGUUGUGCUUGUGGGUGAAAUUUGACAUUUGUUUUAUCUUUUUCCCCAUUUAUAUUUCACUCAUAAUGCCAUAUUUAUUAAAAUACAUUUGAAAGGAAUUCAAAUAUGUAUACAGUACAAUAUAGCAAUAUUUUUUUUAAAUAAUCUUGUCUGUAUUAUCUGUAAAGAAUUGAAAGCUAUGAAAAGUCACUAUUUUAAAAUAAAAGUAGUUCAUUUUAUUAAUGACAAA